AUGGCAUUUCAUAUGGAGCUUAUGAUGAAUUACAUGGACCUUGUUUUCCAACUCCUGUUCUCUGUUAUGUGGUUAUUGUUGCCCUGCCUAAACGGGACGAGCCGUGCCGUUGCGACGCUACCACUGUUGAGCGCUACCAUUGCUCGGCAGCAUGUGGAGCUUUCUACUAUGCAAGCUCGAAACACCUUUGUGAGUAAUUUCUUGUAUAGCGCUGUGACUGCCUUGAAUGUAACCAGGACUAUGCUUACCGGCUUGGAGGAGAAGAAUAGCAUUCUUCGGGCUGAAUUGGCACAGUAUGCAUCGGUUUGUGAAGAAUUGCGUCAGGAAAUUCUUGUCAAGGAUGAGCAGUUGGCCGGGGCCGCGGGGUACUGCGCUGCCGUUGAGGAACAGCUGCGUCUCGCCUUAAAUUCCUUCCUGGAACUUCGAAGUUCCGCCGAAGAGAUGCAAAGAGAACACUUUGUGGAGGUCCCUAAAGCGACCAGGAACCGAGGCCCGAUGGGCCCCCACGCGGAGUGCUUCUCCUCGUCCUCACAAAGGGGUGGUCCAUCGUAA